AAUAAUUCUCUAAAUCCAACUCAAUUUGGCGAUGUGUUGUCGUGUAAAAACCCGAUUCAACGCAAUUCCUUUCGACAAGGAUUCACCUUCACCCCCAAAUCAAAUGCAAUGAACGCGCUUACAACCUGGUAUCGCUUGUUGUUUUCCAAUCAAUUCUAGAAUUUUCAGUUCAUUCUUCCACUUCAACUUCCAGAUCCAAAAACAAACCCUAAAUUCUAUUCAACGUUCAUCGCCUCAAUUUACUCCAAUUGCUUAUUCCAAUUAUCACAAAUCAAGUAAAGAAUUCCAUCGCUCUAUGCUUUGUAUUGAUCGUUUAAUCACUUGAAAGUUGAAACUGUAGAAUAGUUUUUUUUUUUUUUUCUUUUCAUUUUGCUGCAUUCGAAUCUGAUUAUUGGAACGAAAGCGAUGGCAAGAUAUGGAAUAUAAUACUGUUUAGAUUGGAUUACCUAUGAUCGAUGGCUUCGAUUCGGAGAACACUUUCGCCGUAUCAGGAUCGUUCGCAUCAAAAUGGAGGGAAUGUUAGUCCGUUUUCAGUGAAUUCACCUUCGCAUAAGCUUAAUUCCACCAGUAGAUUCGCCUUGGGAGUUCGGAGAUUUAUAGGAGGGUUUUUGUUAGGUUUGGCACCGUUUGGGGAAUUCGAAGAUGUUAGGACUCCCGAUUUUUCAUUUGAAGUCAACCGCCCUCCGAUCCUAGAUGUGAAAGAGGAUAUUGUGGUAGAUAAGGUGGAGUUAGCUGUUGUGAAAAGAGAAAACGUCAAGGAGAGGUUUGAUUAUGUUGCUAGGAAACAGGUCAUUGUUGUGACACCAACUUAUAAUCGAGCUCUUCAGGCUUAUUAUUUGAAUAGACUGGGACAGGUUCUUAGGCUUGUACCUCCUCCAGUUCUUUGGAUUGUUGUGGAGAUGAAUGUGGCUUCUACAGAAACUGCAGAUAUUCUUAGGGGAAUGGGAAUUAUGUAUCGGCAUUUGGUAUGCACCAAGAAUCUUACCAAUAUAAAGGAUAGAGGUGUUCACCAGCGGAAUACAGCACUUGAACACAUUGAGCACCAUAAGCUUGAUGGAAUCGUCUAUUUUGCGGAUGAUGAUAAUAUCUAUUCACUUGAAUUGUUUGAGACUUUGAGAGAAAUCAGCCGUUUUGGCACAUGGCCAGUUGCAAUGCUUGCACAGAGCAAAAACAAGGCAGUUUUGGAAGGUCCUGUAUGCAAUGGCAGCCAUGUAAUUGGAUGGCAUACAAAUGAAAAAAGUAAAAAACUUCGAAGAUUUCAUGUUGAUAUGUCAGGAUUUGCAUUCAACAGCACCAUCUUGUGGGACCCAAAGAGAUGGCAAAAACCCAUUUCACCUUCAAUUCGUCAAUUAGACACCAUUAAAGAAGGAUUCCAAGAGACUACUUUUAUAGAACAGUUGGUGGAAGAUGAGAGUCAAAUGGAAGGUACCCCAUUUGGGUGUUCUAAAAUCUUGAAUUGGCAUCUUCAUUUGGAAGCUCGUGAAGUGGGGUACCCUAGAGGCUGGUUGCUUCAAAAGAAUCUUGAUGCUGUUCUCCCUAUUGAGUAAAAGGCAAUGAAUGUCACCUCGAAAAAGGAGCCGGAAAGAGUUAAAAAUUGGUUUUUGACAGUCAUCAGUUUCCACAAAGAAAAGCAGCUCUGCCUUUGUUUUUUAGAAGCAGUGCAAAGAAGGAAGGGAGACAAAAGGACACAUUAUUUCAAAUUUGGUAUUAAGUUCUGUUUCUGUAUGAUGCUUAUUCUUUUACUAUAUGAGAGGGGCAAUUGCCUUUUUGUGAAAAUUGUUUUUUUUUUUUUUUGAAAGAUGGGUAUCUUGAAAUGU